AAAAAAAAAAAGGAGGAGGUAUCCGAACCAAAGAAAAGAACCACAGUGAUCCGAACCGGACCCAAAACCCAAAACCUCCGAAACCCCUGGGCUGGAGUCCAGAAUCCAUGGCUGCAUCUUCUACACCUCCUUAUUCAAACCCUCUAUCGGAGCAGCCACCUUCUUCUACAUUUCUCUGCGGCAGAGCUCUCUCUUCCAAACUCAAGCUCCGCCGUCACCACCAUCAACAACAACAACCCUCUACCAUGUCUCUUUCUCAAAUCCCAACAAAACCCACAUCCACAAUUCUUUAAAUCCUCUCUCUCUCUCUCUCUCAAAACAUCUAACGCAUGGUGUAGCUUCUCUACUCAAUGACCCACUGUGUGCGAGCUUCUAAAGCUUUAGCCUUUACUACAGUUUCACACCCUUUUGCGCUCAAGGUACGUUUUUUCUUCCCUUUGUUUUCUUCUUUCCAUAACUGUCCCGCUAGUACUACAACCAUAGGCAUAGCUUCUACCACCGCUACAAUCUCUGAGACCCAAUACAGAGACCUUAUUUUCGAUACCAUUGAAGAAAAGCCCUGGGCUUUUUGUAACAACAACUGGGUAUCUGAUCAAUUUCGAGCUGUUAUUGUUGACCCCGAGUUGUUCAUCCGAGUCCUUGAUUCGAUUCGGAUUAGACCCAGAAUUGCUUUGCGGUUCUUUCGAUGGGUUGAGGGUCAACCGGGGUUUAAGCGGUCUGAGUUUGCGUUUUGUGCUAUGCUUGAAAUACUUGUGAAGAAUAAUUUGAUGAGGUCGGCUUAUUGGGUGGUGGAGAGGGUUAUUAGUGUAGAUAUGCAUGGAAUUGUGGAUGUUUUGGUUGAUGGGUAUGUUGGUUAUGAGGUUUCGGUUAAGCUUCUCGAUCUUUUGUUAUGGGUUUAUACGAAGAAAUCCAUGAUUGAGCAAUGCUUGUUGGUUUUUGAUAAGAUGAUUGCAAAUGGGUUGUUGCCGGAUGUCAAAAAUUGUAAUAGGAUUCUUAGGAUACUUAGGGAUAGAAAUCUUGUAACUAAAGCUAGAGAGGUUUAUAGAAUGAUGGGGGAGAGUGGGAUUAAGCUGACGAUUGUUUCUUAUAAUACUUUGUUGGAUUCGUAUUGCAAGCAAGGGCAAGUGCAGCAAGCACUCGAGCUUUUGUCCGAGAUGCAAAGGAGAGGGUGCUUUCCGAAUAAUGUGACCUAUAAUGUGCUGAUUAAUGGGUUGUCAAAGAAAGGGGAGUUAGAGCAGGCCAAGGGGCUGAUUGGGGAGAUGUUGAAAUCAGGAUUGAAAGUUUCAGCUUACACAUAUAACCCAUUGAUUUGUGGCUAUUGCAAGAAGGGAUUGAUUGUUGAGGCAUUACGUUUUGAGGAGGAGAUGGUAAUUAGAGGAGUUAACCCAACUGUGGCAACUUAUAAUACGUUAAUGUAUGGCCUCUGCAUGUUGGGAAGCAUGGUGGAUGCUAGACAGCGGUUUUCUGAUAUGUUAAAGAAGAAUGUGACGCCAGAUGUAGUUUCAUAUAAUACUCUAAUAUAUGGGUAUUGUAGGUUGGGGGAUAUUCGGGAGGCUUUUCUAUUGUAUAGUGAGUUACGAUGGAGGAAUCUUGCUCCUACUGUUAUUACCUAUAAUACUCUUAUAGAUGGUCUUUGCAGGUUGGGGGACUUGGAUGUAGCUCAGCAGAUAAAAAAUGAAAUGGUCAACCAAGGUAUUCAUGCUGAUGUUUUCACUUAUACGAUUCUGGUGAAUGGGUCUUGCAAGAUGGGAAAUUUGGCAAUGGCUAAGGAUUUCUUUGAUGAGAUGUUGCAAGAAGGAUUGAAGCCAGACCGCUUCGCAUACACAACUCGGAUAGUGGGUGAACUCAAACUUGGUGACACAUUAAAGGCAUUAAGUAUGCAAGAAGAGAUGCUAGCUGUGGGGUUCCCUCCUGAUUUGAUCACGUACAAUGUUUUCGUAAAUGGGCUCUGUAAGUUGGGCAAUUUGGAAGAAGCAAGUGACUUGUUGCAGAAAAUAGUUCGUGAUGGUCUUGUUCCCGAUCAUGUGACAUAUACUAGCAUCAUUCAUGCUCAUUUGGAAAAUGGACAACUUAGGAAAGCCAAAGAGUUAUUCAAUGAGAUGCUGAGUAAAGGCAUAUCCCCUUCAGUAGUGACAUACACGGUACUAAUUCAUGCGCAUGCGGGUAGGGGGAGUCUAGAACUGGCAUAUAUGUUUUUCUUGGAGAUGAAGGGGAAGGGUGUUUUGCCCAAUGUGAUCACCUACAAUGCUCUGAUAAAUGGUCUUUGCAAAGUUAGGAGAAUGGAGCAGGCUUACAAAAUUUUUGCGGAGAUGGAAGAAAAAGGACUACUUCCAAAUAAGUAUACCUACACUAUUUUAAUAAGUGAGAACUGCAACAUGGGCAACUGGCAGGAAUCUUUGAGAUUGUAUGUAGAGAUGCUGGAUAGACAAAUUCAGCCUGAUUCUUGUACACACAGUGCACUUCUAAAACAGCUAGACAAAGAUUACAGAUUGCAUGCAGUCCAGUACCUUGAGAGUUUAAUUCUAGGUAGCAAAGAAACUUCUGAAGUGAGGACUCCUUCAAUCUAUAAAGCUAUUUCAUUGCCCAUUUCUCUGUUCCAACCUUUAUCCCAUUUACAUGAGAAAACAAUGGCUGCUUUCUCAUAUCCAUCCUAUUUUAUAAGGGCAUCUUCCAAUACAGAUAGUCAUGACCAAAACAAGCAAAAGCUAAACAACAUAAGAAUUAAUGGAACUUCUAGUAUGUCCUCCAUGAAGCCUGAUACACUGAGCCAACCUGCUGGAGUUGCAAGCACAUACAAUUCAUUUACUUCUGUUAACGGAAAUAGCAUCACCACAGAAGAGCUUCGCCAAAAUAUUCCAACAAAGAAGCGAUCUGUGGAUCCUCAUCGCCAAGGGCUCAUCAUUGAAGGAGGUGUCGGGUACAGGCAAACUGUUGUCAUAAGGUCCUAUGAAGUUGGUCCCGAUAAAACUGCGACUCUUGAGAGCAUCCUCAAUCUUCUUCAGGAAACAGCAUUAAAUCAUGUAUGGAUGUCUGGUCUUUUGAGCAAUGGAUUUGGUGCCACACACGGAAUGGUGAGGAACAAUCUUAUAUGGGUUGUCUCAAGGAUGCACGUUCAAGUGGAUCACUAUCCAAUUUGGGGAGAGGUAGUGGAAAUUGAUACAUGGGUUGGAGCAUCAGGGAAAAAUGGAAUGCGACGAGAUUGGCUUGUCAGAAGUCAAGCCACAGGCCAUGUUUUUGCCUGUGCCAUCAGCACCUGGGUGAUGAUGAACCAGGAAACAAGGCGCCUCUCAAAAAUGCCAGAAGAAGUGAGGGCUGAAAUAUCACCCUGGUUCAUAGACAAGCAAGCAAUCAAAAAGGAUUGUCCAGAAAAAAUUGUUAAGUUGGAUAGUAAAGCAAGAAAUAUGGACUCCAAUUUGAAGACCAUCCCCGAUGAGAUCUUGGAGUCUCACAAACUGUCCACUAUCAUACUAGAAUAUAGAAGGGAAUGUGGAAAUUCAGACAUAGUUCAGUCCCUUUGCAAUCCGGACGAAGGUGGAAUUCUUGAGGAUGGAUUGAAACAUAAAAAUGGCAUUAGUCUAAAUGGAUUUUCUCUGGCAUCAGAAAUUCUUGAAGGUAGUGGACUCUUGUGUAACUUUGAGAAAGUACCAUUAAGGUAUACAUAUCUCCUCCAAGUUAAAGGUAAGCGUGGAAAUGAAGAGAUUGUUAGAGGAAGAACCACAUGGAAGAGAAAGAUGCCCUCCAAGCCUUUCACUACAUAGUAAAUCAUAUAGACAAUUGAAUUGGGAUUUAGAAAGUUGCCCAUAAUCAAGUAAAAAAUUUAUGUUUGAAUAUGCUUCAGAGGGAAGCUGAAUGAAGAUCCAAAAAGUCGUCCAAGAGGACAUG